CAGACCCAACUGCAACAACAAAAUUGCCCACGCAAGCACGCUCAGCACACACACGCACGCACAACCACGCAAAGAUGCAGCGCUCGACUUUCGCUCGCGUCGAUCCGAAACGCCGCGCUGAACUCGACCAUAAGAAAAGACAGUUUGCCCAGGCGAAAUGGAGGGAGCAGGAGUAUACGCAUCGCUUGAACUUCUAUACCCUGCCUCCCACGGCGGAGAUCACGUUGGAGGAGUUUGAGGAGUGGGCGAUUGCGAGGUUGAAGGUUCUCGCCGAACUCGAAGCCUGCAGUUUUCGCAACCGCAGCCCCGAAGAAACGUCUUCGUACAUGACGCCGAUCCUCGAGAAACACCUCCCGCUGCACAGCAACUCGAGCCGGUCCUCGCAGUUGGACCAGGAGCGUAAGAAGGACCACUACAGCCAUUUCAUCCUGCGCCUCGCGUUCAGCGCCACCGAAGACCUGCGCCGCCGUUUUGCGCGGCUCGAGACGAUGCUCUUCCGCCUGCGCUGGAAGGAGGACGAUGCGCGCGAGAGGCGCGAUUUCGUCAAUACUCUUGAUAUGGGGGGUGAGUGGGAGAAGGUCGGUGAGGAAGAGAAGAGAGAGCUUGGCGACGCAUUGUCUGCUGCGAGCGGUGGAGACAGGAGGAGGACGGGAGAGGACGAGGGUUGGUUCAAGGUUGACUGGGAGAAGGUGCCUGAGCUGGUGGAGCAGCGGAGGGUGCUGCUCAGACGAGGAAAGGCGUAUGUGCCGAUACGAGAGCAGAUGAGUCUGGUCAUUGUGGAAUUCACGAGGCGGAUGGACGAUGCGCUGGAGCUGACUUCUCGCGCCCUUCCACGCCUGGACGAAGACGACCGCCUUUCCCCGAUCCUCACACACCUCUCUCAAAACUUCAACGCCCCCGACGCCACCUACGCUGCCGACAGCAGCAUCACAGGCCUGCAGAACCCGACGGCCAACAGCAUCGAUACACUAAGCCAGCACUUCCCGCUGUGCAUGCAGCACCUACACCGCACACUCCGCGCGAAUUCGCACCUCAAGCACUUCGGGCGCCUGCAAUACACGCUCUUCCUGAAAGGCAUCGGCCUCUCGCUCGAAGAAUGCCUCAUCUUCUGGCGCCGCAGCUUCAAGCUCAUCACCGACGAAAAAUUCAACAAAGAAUACCGCUACAACGUGCGGCAUGCAUACGGCGACGUCGGCGGCGACGCCAACCGCCGCGGCCGCGGCUACACGCCUUACUCGUGCCAGAAACUGACGACGGAGCCGCUGCCGGGCCCAGGCCAGACGCACGGGUGUCCGUACCGCACUUUCGCGCCGGACAACCUCAUCGGCAUGCUGCAGAGCGUGGGGGUCGGCGAUCGCGAGCUGCUGAAGGACGUCAGGGAGGAUGUCAAGAGGCAAAGGUACCAUAUUGCGUGUAAUCGCGUCUUUGAACACGGCCAUCGCGUUCAGUUGAAGAGGGUCAAGGAUGAGGCGCUGUGGGGUGCUGCGGAGCUGGAUACGAUUCUGCAUCCGAAUGAGUAUUUUAAGCGCAGUUUCUUGCUGGGCCAUUUGGGUGAGGAUGGAGGGAAGGCGUUGAAGAGAGAGAUGGUUGAGGGGUAGGGGAGGAAUAGUGGAGGGUGGCUUGUUAGGAGGGGUGGGGGUGUGGGCGGUCUAGUUUGCACAUGCAUGGGAGGGUGCUGGCGUUGUGGAGUUUUGUUUGGUGAUGGGCUUCUUCUGAAAAGGGUGUGCGGUGUGGUGUUGUGGGCUUGGGUCACUAGAUACACG